AUGGCUCCUUCUGAAAAGAUUGAGGGUCAGGAUGAUAAACAGGUUCCAAGACCUUUAUCUGGUAAAGAAGUGGUGAUCAGUGGUAUAUCAGGAGUAUUUCCAAAUUCGGAUACUGUUUUGGAUUUUAUGAACAAUCUUUAUAAUAAUGUUGAUAUGGUUACAAGUGAAGAUCCAAAGUGGAAUGUCAAUGACCCAGAUGUGCCGAAACAUUUUGGAAAAAUAAAAGGAACUGAUAAAUUCGAUGCUCAGUUUUUUGGAGUGACGUUUCAACUUGCUUGUGCUUUAGAGCCUAUGGGAAGAAAGCUGUUGGAACAUGCCUAUGGAGCCAUUUUUGAUUCAGGUACAAGUCCCCAAUCACUGAGAGGCAAACGAGUGGGGGUAUUCAUUGGUUCAUCUUUCGCUGAAAACAGUGCCUUGACUAUGUAUGAUUUAACAAAACGCAGCGAUUUUGUUGUCAAUGGAGGCAGCAAAGCCAUGCUGGCCAACCGCAUAUCCUACUGGAUAGAUGGCAAAGGCCCAUCCUACUGCUUGGACUAUGCCUGUUCAAGUUCCACCGCAUGCUUGGAAAUAGCUUACAAAUCCAUGAAAUCUGGAGAAUGCGAUGCAGCUAUCGUCGGUGGAUGUAACUUAGGAGUCCAUCCGACUUUGACUUUGAAUAUGAGAAGAGCUGGCCUCCUCUGUUUGGAUGGGAAAACAAAAUGCUUCGACAAGAACGCAGACGGUUAUGUGAGGGCCGAUGCUAUCAAUGUAAUAUUUUUGCAAAAAGCGGAGGAUGCACACAGAAUCUAUGCAGAAGUUUACCAUGCAAAAGGUAACUACAAUUUGAAGAGUGACGCCCAGUUCCUACCUUAUCGUGAAACAGAAGAUAUUGAGAAAUUCCUUUAUGAAUUCUAUGGGGAAACUGAUGUGGAUCCUAAAAAUGUGGAGUAUGUUGAAGCUCAUGGUGCAGCUAUUGCAGCAGCUGAUGAAAAUGAACUGACAGCCAUUGGAAAUGUUUUUGCUGCAAAAGAAGCGGUUAAAAUAGGGAGUGUCAAAUCUAAUAUGGGCAACAGCGAACCAGCGUCCGGAGUAUGUGCUGUUACUAAACUUUGCCUAGCUUACCACAAAGGCAAGUUACCGGCGAACCUUCACUAUUGUGAACCCCAAGAUCAGGUUGCUGCAGUAAAAGAUAGAAGAGUGCAAGUUGUGACAGAAAAUGCACCCUUUGACAGAGGGUUCACUGCCUUGAACAAUUUCUCCUUCAGUGGGGGCAAUUUCCAUGUUGUGCUGAAAGGGCAUUACAAGGAGAAGCAGCUACAAAAGUAUAGAAGCCAAAUACCUCACUUAGUACUAGCGUCAGGCAGGGAGGAAUCCUGUGUGCAAACUAUUUGGGACAUCAUGAAGAGUCACCCUGUAGAUCCAGAGGAGAUUGCUUUAUUGCACAAAGUGUAUGAGCACGACAUCCCUGGACACACUGGACGUGGUUAUACUAUUCUUGAAACAAAUGAAAAGCAAGAAACCAUCAGCUUAUCACAGAGUGUAGACUAUUACCCGGGAGUGAAACGUCCACUCUGGUUCGUGUACAGCGGUAUGGGGUCCCAAUGGGCCGGCAUGGGAGCUGAUCUGAUGAGGAUACCAACCUUUGCUGCUGCUAUUCACAAAUGUCACAAAGUAUUGGAGCCAAAAGGCCUAGAUCUCAUAAGGAUUGUGACUGAACUCGACAAUGCCAUAUUCGAAAAUAUCCUCAACGCGUUCGUAGGCAUUGGAGCAGUACAAAUUGGUUUGACUGAUGUCAUUAAAGAGAUGGGUAUUGUUCCUGAUUAUAUUAUCGGUCACAGUUUAGGAGAGAUGGCGUGUGCCUACCAUGACAAUACUUUCACGGCUGAAGAGUUGAUACUGUCCACGUACAGCCGAGGAAAGGUCUGCUUGGAAACUGAGCUGAUAAAGGGAUCCAUGGCUGCCGUAGGCGUGGGAUAUCAGGCGAUUGUAAACCAAUGCCCCCCAGAAAUAGACAUAGCCUGUCACAAUAGCUUCGAGUCCUCCACGAUAUCAGGUCCGGCUGACAAAAUGAAAGAGUUUGUAGGAGAACUGACGAAACGUGGUAUAUUUGCUAAAGAAGUACCCUGUGCUAACAUAGCUUACCAUUCGAGGUAUAUAGCGCACUGUGGACCUGAAUUACUGAGACGUUUACGAGAAGUGAUAAAAACCCCUAAGAAAAGGAGUAGCAAAUGGAUAUCUACUUCAGUCCCCCAAGAUAAGUGGGGUGAACCUAAUGCGCUGUACUCGUCUGCUGAAUAUCAUACUAACAAUUUAUUGAAACCAGUCCUCUUCGAAGAAAUGUCAAAAAUGAUACCAGAAAACGCGGUGGUGGUGGAAAUAGCUCCUCACGGGCUGUUACAGGCUAUCCUGAAGAGAUCACAUAAAGAAUGCACGCACAUACCCCUCACGCGACGCGGUAACACUAACGGCGUGAAGUUUCUCUUAGAGGCUGUUGGGAAACUAUAUGAAGCCGGUUUUAGUCCAAAGGUUGAUGUCCUGUACCCAAAGGUAGAAUUCCCUGUUUCAACUGAAACACCUCUUUUGUCUCAUUUCGUGCAAUGGGAACAUAGUGAAGACUGGCCACAGCUAUCUUUCCUAGAAAAGGAUGAACUGCGAACAGCGAUGGAGCGGAACAUACCAAUAUCUAUACAAGACGAUGAUUACAGGUUCCUAGAAGGACAUGUGAGAGACGGCAUCAAGGUGCUUCCAGAAGCAGCAAUUCUAGUCCUUGUUUGGGAAACACUGUCUAUGCACAUAGGUGUAAAUUACAAGGACCAAUCCGUAGUCUUUCGAGAUAUACAAUUUCAUAGUGAUGUAAAGAUCUACUCUGAAAACCCACUCAAACUCUCUAUAUCUAUAAACAGGGGUAGCAACAAAUUCGAGGUCAAUCAAAACGAUACAAGAAUUGCAAGUGGUAUUGUGAGCAGUGUGAAAGUUGUGAAAUUCUUCAAAGACUCGAAAGACCCUGAGAGUGAUGAAGAAGAAAUCAUUUUGGAUCAUGAUGAUGUUUACAAGAUUUUGCAAUCUCGGGGAUAUUCGUACAACGGAAAAUUCAAAUCCAUACAGUCAUCAGUUCUCGACAGAAAAAAGGCUGUCAUCCAAUGGAACAACGACUGGGUGACAUUUUUGGAUGCCCUGAUACAGCUCUCCACACUAUCCAGGAGUCACCAAGGAAUCUCAACUCCUAAGUUUAUAAGGAAAUUGAGAAUCAGUGUAAUUGAACAUCAGAAGGCAAAUUCCUUUGUUGUGAAUGGUGUCAAUUGUUUUGAAGCACAGUGUAAUGAGAUCCAAGGAACUAUAAGAUGUGCUGGUGCUGAACUAAGCAAUAUUACAUUUAUUGAUAAACCUGUGAUAGAACAAGGGCCUGGUAAUUUGUUAACAAGGACUUUUUAUCCAUACUACGCUAUGGAUAAGGUUGAUUUAAAAACUGCUCUGCAAAUAGUUCUUCAAAUAAUAGCUGACAAUACCACACUGAGAAGAAUUAAAGCUACCCAAAUUGUGACGUCUAACACAAAUAUAAAUUGUAUUAUCAAAGAGAUAUCGGGCUCUAUACCUAACGUUGUUAUAGACGUAGCUUCAAUUAUAAAUGCCAAUAUUGAUUUUGAUACUUUUGUAGUACAAAAUUCCGAUGCCGGGAAAGCUAAUGUUUUUAUUGUCGAAGAUUUAUUGGGAGAUGAGAAGAAAUUGGAGUCUCUACGAAACAUUUCAAAAGACAGCUUUAUUUUAACCCUAGAAUCUGGGGUACCAAAGCUCCAAGGACUUUCAAACAAGUAUUUUACCAUCGUGAGUUCCAUGUCAGAUGGGAAGCAAAUAUUAAUAUUAUUGAAAAGGCAAAAUCAGAAGGAAGUUACUUAUGUGCCUGUAAAUUGUGAUAAUAAAUUGGAUUGGGUCCCGCGUGUGUAUUCCGAACUGGAGAGAACUAAAAGGGUUGUGUUGGUGUCUGAAAGGCAGCCGUACUGUGGUGCAUUAGGUUUCGUCAAGCAAUUACGAAGAAGUGGAGUCGACAAUAUAGGCUUACUAGUCAUCGACGAUUUCCAUGCACCUCCGUUCAAUCCCAAUACAGCUUUAUAUAAAAACCAACUGGAUAAGAAUCUUGCAAUCAACAUUUUUAGAAAGGGCCAAUGGGGAGCAUAUUACUACACUGCAGCUACAAACUCAACUAACAUCAGAAACGUGACUCUCACUAGUCCUGAUGGAGACUUAGAUAAUCUGAAGUGGACUGAGGCACCUCCUACAAAUGCUGGAAAUAAUUUGGUUCAGGUAUCAUACGCUGGCAUAUCGUUAAAAGAUGUACAAAAGGCAGUCAGUAAUAACAGAGAAGAUAAACAAUGUUUCGGGAUGGACUUCAGUGGAAUCGAUGGAGAUGGUGACCGAGUAAUGGGCUUAGUACCUGGUGGUGCAUUGAGCAGUACUAUUGAAGCAGACUCGACGUUGCUGUGGCCGGUACCAGAUCACUGGACUUUGCAAGACGCUGCGACCGUACCACUGCCAUUCGCUAUUGCUUAUUAUUGCUUGGUUUUAAAGGGGAAUCUAUCAAAACAUCGAACGGUUUUCGUAACGGGCGGAGCUGGGGCAUUAGGACAAGCUGUAAUAGCAAUAUGCUUGUCUAUGCAAUGUACUGUGUUUACAACUGUCAGUAGUGUGCAAAAGAAAAACUUGCUACUUCGAUUGUUUCCUAAACUUGACGAGAACAAUAUCGGCUAUUCUCGCGACGAUUCGUUCUUGACGAUGAUAAAAUAUAAUGCAAAAAAUAAAACAUGUGAUUUAGUCAUAAAUUGUACUAGUGGAUAUCUGCGAGAGGCUGCGAUGAAGUGUGUCGGAUUUCUCGGCUGCUUUUUAGAUCUAAGUUCAUAUGAUAUGAAUGAAAAUAGAGAUAUUGGUAUGUCGUUCCUAGAGAGGGAUAGAUCUUAUAUGGCUGUAGACUUUUCUAAUAUAUUUAGACCGAAGAACUCGAAUGAUAAAAAGAUUCUUCAACGAUUAAUAACGGAAGGUAUAGCAAAAGGCAUUGUGAGACCAAUCACUAGGGUAGAAUAUCUACCAAAUGAUAUUUCAAGAGCAUUCAGGUUAAUUUCAUCUAGUAAACACGUGGGCAAAGUUUUGAUAAGAAUGAGGAGUCCCGAAAUCAUGAAGCAAGGAUUUGAUGUGGAACCAAAAAUGAACUACAGUCCCACCGGAGUCUACAUCGUGGUAUGCGAUGAAGGUGGUAUAGGAAUCGAACUGGCUGACAGACUGGUCAAGAAUGGAGCCAGAAAAAUUGUAUUGCAUUCAAGACUUAAAGUUAUUGGAUAUUGGCACACGAAGUUUUUAUCUUGGAACAAAUACGGAGUAACAAUAAGAAUAUCGACAGAAAACCUGCAAACACAACAAGGCUGCACCAAACUACUGAAAGAAGCUUCCAGAAUUGGUUCCAUAAAAGGAAUCUUCAUAGCCCCUGAAGCUGAAGACAAAAACCAUGAGAAUCCACAAGAUUUCGUUCAAACGUUCAAUAAAACCGCCACUGCAGUUAUAAAUCUUGACGUGACGUCUAAAAACUAUUGUAAUGAGUUGAGCCACUUCGUUAUUCUGAAACCAUAUUCACAAAGUGCCAGCCUCGAGUUUUCCCUUUCAGUAUUAGAAAAGCUAUGCCAAGGAAGGACAGAAACUGGCUUCCCAGCACUUUUUGUUCAAACUAAUGUAUUGAACGAGGCAAAAACAUUGAAUCCACGAAAAUUGACAGCUUUAUUCAAUACAAUGGAAAAUGGAUUGAAAUUAAAACACACAAAUGUGAUGUCGAGUGAUUUUAGUACGGAAGUUAAUGAUUACUGCACUAAAUUAGCUAAAAUAUUUGGUGCAGAAAAAAUUGAAGUUAUCGAUUCUGAUAAGAUUGUCAACAAUUUGAAACUGAACGAAGUGAAUUUACUAGAAUUACAAGCUCUCGUCAGAAACAGAUAUAAAAUGGACUAUCCAGUCGAAAAGCUGCAGCAACUCUCAAUAGAAAGCCUCAAAAACAUUGGAAAUACCGCAACAGAGAAACCAAAAAGCAGUACCGGUUUAGGGGCAUUUUACACUCACAUUGAUGACGAAGAAGAACAUUUAGAAACAUCACAUCCUAUUGUACCAAUGGUUACCUUGCUUAAUAAUGGAACACAGAGUGACCUUGACCCUACAGAAACUUACUUGACAAUGAUACCAGGGUUUGAAGGUCGUCACCAGAUCUUCAGUUCCGUGGCUGAGAGACUCAAAGUACAGGCCGUGGCUGUUCAGCUAGCCCCAGAUAUAGAAGGCAAUAGUAUUCCAGAAAUUGCUGCUACUGUUCGGAAGUUCAUGAAAACUAAAUUCGAGAGCAAAACCAAGUUCUAUCUGCUGGGGUAUUCCUUUGGGGUGAAUAUAGCUUUGGAGGUGGCUGCAAUAUUGGAGAAAGAAGGUUACACUGGCGUUGUAUAUUGUUUGGACAGCAGUCCCGAUGUAUUAAAAAUACAACUUGGGUCUGAUUUGGGCGAGUUGACAGAUUCCGAGUUACAAAAUGUUGUGUUGAAACAUUUGUACUUUUUAAUGGCUGGAGGUGUAUCAGAUGAGUUGAAUCAAUAUUUGGAUCAGGCACAAGAUUGGGAGACCAAGGUUCAAGCUUCCAUGCACGUAUUAAGGGGAUGUGGGAACUUUUCCAAUCAGUAUAAGUGGUCGAUAUUGGAAUCUGCGUACCGAAGGAUCACAUUUGCAAGAAACUAUGAACCUAAUUUGAAGUUGAAUUCGGAAAUAGUUCUGAUAAAAGGUUUGUCAGAUAUAGAAGAAAGUUUACCUGAGGAUUAUAACUUAUCCAAAUAUUCAACAAAACCUGUAAAAGUCUUUCAUAUCGAAUCAGACCACGUAACAGCACUUUACGAUAGUAGAGUAUCAAACAUAGUGAAUAAAAUGCUUGAUCCUAAAUUACUGGAAGAAAUCAAGAAGAAAAACCUUUGUGAAACGUAUACUAUUAAGUCUAAGCAGUAAGUUAAUUUUAAGAUGCGGCCAUUAAAAUAUAUUUUAAGUACUUA